AUGGCAGCUUUUGCCAAAGCGAGAACUUCCAUACUCCUGCUGCUUUUCGGUUGCGCCUUCUGCUUCUGCGCUUGGCAUCCGGUGAGAUCCAGAUCUUCCCGCCCUGUGGCAAGACGAAGCAGUGACAAGCAGGAGAUUGUGUACAACUACUUUGCACAGGACUAUGCCCUGGUGACGAGGAAGGAGGAAACCUUCGACGUAGGGCAAUGGCUCUCGGAAUUGCUGCCGUGGUCGGAUGGGGAACUCCGAGCACGAGACGUUUUGUCAGAAAUAUUGCCGAAGUGGCGCAGCAUUGAUGUUGGUCCACAAACCGACAUAGCCCUUCGGCGUCGUUUCCGUGCUUUAACGGCGGCUACGGGAGGUGAAGAGCCCGCUUUGGCUGCGAUGCGCCGCAACAUAGCAAUCCUUUACUUCGGUGAGGGUCAGAUUCAACGAGCCGGAGAAGUCCUGCAGAGACUGUUGGGCAAAGAGAGGGCAGCGCAAGUUAUCCAGAAGAACCCGGGUGUGCUUACGAUCGACCCCAGGAACUUGGAGAACAACAUCUCGGCUGUGUGCGUAGCUGCUGACGUGAUUGAUGUACUUGUCCAGAAUGGGCAAGUUGCACGGCUGACUGCAGGUGCCGUCGGUAUCUUUUUCGCACUCGGCAUUGCAAAAGCCUUGGGCGAUGUCAUCUAUCUUCGCACCUUGCCCAGAGAAGACGAAAAAAAACUGACCUUUCACAUGGCCAAGAGUUUGGGGAUUCACGACUUGCCACCUGACGAAGCUGUACAGGUCUUGUGGUGGAGCAAGGUUCUGAUAGAUGACCCUUUGCGAAUUUGCCGGGCUUUGCGCUUCGCUGCGAAGUUCAAAUUUAAGUUGCAUCCGGCGUUCUGGAAGGCGGCACCCUUCGCGCUUGAGCCAUUGAGAACGAAGGUGGCUGGAAGCCGAAAGUUCACCGAGUAUCAGAAGAUUGGAGGGUAUGGUUUCAAAGCCUGCUUCGAAUUCUUCGAGCUGGCCUUCAGCUAUACCUUCGGACCUGGCGAGGGCUGCUCGCGUCUGGCCUCCGCCCUUCUGGGUGGACAGGACGACAAAGCAAAGCCUCGGAUGCUUUCGCAGGUUCACGCUUUCGAUCGAGACUGCUUUCGCACGCUCGCUGAUGCAGUUCAACCGUGCGAGGGGCAGAAGCAUGACGGAGUUGAGCUUCUCGGGGAGCUCAUGGUUGCGGCGAUCGCGGCUGCGCAGUUCGAGGCCGACGGAGAUCCUGUGGCUGAGUUCACCACCGCCUGCGAUGGCAUGUGCGUGAGCAACGCCAUGCGCGAAGCGGGUCUCAGCCCGCUUAAUGCUUCUAUCGCGAUGGCGGCGGAAGCACCGUCAUUGAAUGCCUUGGACAUACAUGUGGCCGAUGCAUGCGGCAUCUCACUCGACAGCCUUGGUCGACACGUCCAGGUUUGGGAGGCCAUGCAGAUCUGCAACUCGCGCACCGGUCCUGAAUAUGCAACCCCUUAUCGGCGACAGUUGGCUCUUGCAUUUGUGCGGCUUCGGGCACCCGAUAUGGCAGCAGAAGUGCAAGCUUGCUUUGAGGCGCUUUCCUUCAGCCGACCACCUGUGCGUGGGACUGUUCUGAAUGCGAAAGGAGUGCUGGAGGUUCCGCCACCUCUGCGGCGGCAGGUCAUGCUCCUCUUCGAAGUCAGCACGCGGGUGCUGAAGUAUGCAGCGCCCGUCGAGGCAGGUGAGUCACUUCAGCAGCUGUUCGACGCGCAUCCGAAGCUGAGGCAAGCCUUCUCAUCUUCCGUAUGGAUG